AAUCAUAACUAAAAAUUUUAUCAUUUUUUCAGACAAAUUACGUUUCUUAUUUUUGUAUUGAAGCACAUCUGAGGUCCGUUCAUAUUCUUAACUCAAGACUGUUAUAGUGUUAAUACAUAAUUGAUUCGACUUAAUGUCUGGAUUUUCAGAUUAGAAUUGGAUUGUAUAAUGUUAUUCUUAUUAUGAAAUGUUUAGUAAAACUUUGCCCUUUUAAUAAAAAAUGAUAAUACAUUUCUUAAUAAUUUGUUCGUGUUCGAAUUUUUUCCAUUAUUGUAUUAAUCUUAAUAUAAACAUCUGCUUAAAGUUUUUAGAAUAAGAAACAAUUAUGAUCAAAGCAAUAUUGGUGUUUAACAACUACGGAAAGCCUAGACUUUCUAAAUUCUAUCAAUAUUUUAAUGAAGACAUGCAACAGCAAAUUAUUAAGGAAACAUUUCAGUUGGUUUCCAAACGGGAUGACAAUGUUUGCAACUUUCUUGAAGGUGGAAGUCUUAUUGGCGGAUCAGAUUACAAACUUAUUUAUCGUCAUUAUGCAACACUGUAUUUCGUGUUUUGUGUAGAUUCCUCUGAAUCAGAACUUGGUAUUCUUGAUUUAAUUCAAGUAUUUGUUGAAACACUCGAUAAAUGUUUUGAAAACGUUUGUGAGCUUGAUCUUAUAUUUCACGUUGACAAGAUUCAUUACAUUUUAAAUGAACUAGUAAUGGGUGGAAUGGUUUUGGAAACUAAUAUGACCGAAAUACUUUCAAGGAUAGAAGAACAAAACAAAUUGGAGAAACAAGAAGCUGGUCUUGCUGGUGCGCCAUCUAGAGCUGUGUCUGCUAUGAAAAAUAUGAAUAUUCCUCAACAGUUGAAGGAUAUGAAACUUCCAGAUCUCCCUCAAGCCAUUAAGGAAUUGAAGUUCUGACAUUCAAGGAACAAAUUGGUUUGCUCUGAAGCCUAUCAUAACUAUACCAAUUGAGUAUGGAAGAAUGAACAAAUAUUUGUUAAUCGCUGAUUAGGAACUAAAAUUUAAAUUUAGAAUAAUGUCAUUGUUCAAUUCUGUUUUUGUUCUUGUAUAUUGUUAAAUUUAUUUUAGUACAGUGUAAAGUUCAUUUAGUUUACUGCCCAUUUCAAUAUUAUAUUUAAAUGUAUAUGAGAAAUAUUGUUUAUAAUAUUUAAUUGUUCAUUUAAAAU